AUGGGUGCUGACAAAUGGUUUAAAGACCUUCAGCGUUCGAAUAGUUCAGAGUUUGAUGUAAUGGCAAUUAGUGGGAACAAGAUCUGGCCAUCUUACGACCUCCAUUAUCCAUCAAAGAGACCACUACAUCAUGUCAACAGAGCUACUCCGGGAAAUAGGAAAUAUCCUUUGGUGAGGAUGUCGCUACCAAUCAAAACGCUAGCAACAACAGUCCAGCCAUCGUCAACGGAGCAGCAGAUUCAGUUCGAUGAUGUUUUUAAAUAUGUGGAGAGACAAAGAGUCAGAUCUUCUUGUCACAGCAGACGUCAGACUGUAGAAAAUGGUCGAAGAAGCGUUCAGAGCCGUUUAGAAAUGUCGCGACCACAGUCUUGUAUUACCAGCAGUUCUGUGAGCAGACCAAAGCCUCUGUUACCCCGACGUUCGACUAUGGAUUCCAUUAGUAUGUUAUCUUCUUUGGACAACACAACUAGACCAAUAAGUGUUGCCGACUCGGAGGUAUCAUCGUUCGUCCAAAAACAUUGUUGUGAAUUAAUGGGUCCUAGUGUCUGCACUUCUUGUAGCAAGAAGAACACAAUUUUGAUAAAUCGAGCGCGUUCCCAGUCUUCUAUGUCAAGCUACAGAGUAACAACAGAAAAUAUUGCCACUGUCGCUAUGGUACAGCGAAUACUCCCUCAAUUAACAAGCUCUGAAAUUCAAGAACAAUUAGAAAAUGGCGGCAUAUGUCGUCUGCAACGAGUAAAUUGUUGGAAUCGCGACAAGUAUAUAAAUGAGGAUGAUGGUGACGAUGAAGAAAAACGAGAUAAAAUACCAACUUUAAACUUGGCGAAAUUAAGAUUUAAAAAUAUGGUAAAAAAGACUACUACUCCCAAUUAUUUCAGGAAUAUAAGACAAUUAAACCAAAAGGUUGUUUCAGGGGCAGUGGAUUUGGGCGAGAAUCGAUUCUUUCCUAUUAAAAAUGAACCAAAGCGUACAGAAAGUCCAUAUCCAGUAUUUGUAAGUCCGAAGAAGAAUAGUUUAGCGUCAGAACCCAAAUUUAAAGCGUAUUAUGAACCACCUUUGCUAGAAAAAGAUGACCAAAUAGAUCCAUUUGCAGCAACUAGUGUAACAAGCGAUUCGGAUGAUGCGAUGCUAAGACAGCAGCCAAAACGAUUAGACUCGGACUCCGAGGACGACAUAGACUGUCUAAGCACAAGCCGUCUGGAUGACGUACCCGACAGUCCUCGUGAGGACAAUGAAAUGGAGAAUACAGAAAAAGCACCCUACGACCCCCCAUUGCUUCCCAAAGAAAAUCAAAUUGAAGAACCUUCGUUUUUUGCUGGGUCUGUCAUACCGUACACGUUGCCGGAGAGAGCACCUGAUAAACUUGGUAGUUUUGACAUGAGUCGCCUAAAUGGAGAGUUAACUUCCAGUGAAAGUGAAAACGAGAACUAA